AUGGCUACUGCGACUGCUGAGGAGCCUAUUAGCGAGUCGACGCCGCUUAUCGCAUCCCGGGACAGGGAACACAAGCCCUCGGCGGAACUGGUCGUUGAACCACCCUCGCCGUCCACUACGGCGGGACCUAGCAUCCCUCCUACCCCCUCUGCAGCAGCGAACGAGGACGGUAGGGUGUUCAAAGUCUCCGCCGCCUCCGUAUCCGUCCGUCCAGCAGAUGGCGAAUCGGCAAGAGAAGAAGAGCUCGAUAAGCCGCUGCCCAAAACCCAGAUCUUCCUCCUCUGCCUAGCCCGGUUCGUCGAGCCCAUAGCUUUCUUCAGCAUCUUCCCCUUCGUCAACCAAAUGAUACACGAGCUAGCCAGCGUCCCCACGGCCGACGUGGGAUUCUGGAGUGGGUGGAUAGAGAGCGUCUUCUCCCUCAUGCAGACUGUGAGCAUGCUCUUCUGGGGCAAGGCUGCCGAUAGGUGGGGUAGGAAACCCGUGCUCGUCAUCAGCCUGGCGGGUGUUGCAGUCGGAUCGGUCGUUUUUGGCUUGGCGGGAAGUGUGUGGCAGAUGAUCGCACUGCGGAGCAUCGCGGGCGUGUUCUCCGGUACUCUGGUUACUGUGCGAACGAUGAUCUCCGAGAACUCUACACCGCGUAACCAAGCACGCGCCUUUAGCCUGUUCAUGUUCGCCGGCAACAUGGGCAUUUUCAUCGGCCCCAUUAUCGGUGGUGCGCUGUCCAAGCCUGCAAGCCAGUACCCGGGCUUGUUUGGGGGUGUGUGGAUAUUUGAGCGCUACCCUUAUCUUUUUCCUUGUAUUGUUAGCGGGGCAUGUACAGCACUGUCUUGUGCUGCCAACUUAUUGUGGCUCAAGGAGCCCAUCCAGACUGGUAUAUCCCACAAAACCACCACGGCCACCACGAAGCCUCUCACAACGAUCCAGCUCCUCGUCUCCCCCGGCGUACUCCCCGCCCUGCUAAUCUUCGAAUACGUGAUGCUCAUUUCCGUACUCUUCACUGCCCUCCUUCCUCUCUUCGCGUACACACCCAUCUCUCUCGGCGGGUGGAGCUUCACCCCACCCCAGAUCUCGCUCUAUCUCGCAGCAGGAGGAGCGGGUCAGGCCUUCUGGAUCCUGCUUGUCUUUCCCCCUAUGCAGCACCGUAUAGGGACAGGGAACGUACUCCGCCUCACAGCGAUCGCGCGACCGCUCGGGCUUGCCGCGCUCCCGGCGCUCAAUAUGCUCCUCAGAGCGGGGAGGGAAACGGCGUUCUGGGUGUUGCUACCUAUCGCCGCUCUGCUAGGUAGCAGCGUGAGCAUGUCCUUCACCGCAGUCCAAUUAGUGCUAAACGACAUCACCCCCUCCCCCCACUCGCUCGGGACGCUGAACGGGCUUGCCCUCUCCCUCUCGAGCGCCAUCCGCGCCCUAGGCCCAGUGUGCAUCACCUCCCUCUUUGCGUACGGGGUGAAGCACCAGGUCUGGGCGGGACAUCUCGCUUGGGUGGGCUUGGUGGGUAUCGCACUAGGGUUCGCGGGGUUGCUUAGGUGGCUGCCGGAGAGGUGCGAGGGGAGGGUAAGGAGGCAUCAGGAUUGA